AUGAGUAUAUCUAUGGACCAAGGGGCAGACGCAUUAUUGCAAGCCGCCCGCGAGGGAGCUGCGCUGGAGGCGCUGACCGAUGUUGAUGUGGACGGCGAUGGCUCGAGCAGCUUGAGCGAGAUUGAGGAUAAGGAUGGCGACCAAGAUGACGAGGCUGAUGGUUCAGACGAUCUCAGCAACAUCUCUGACGAUGAGAACGACUCCGAGGCCGAGACAGAGCGGCUUGAAGAAUCUCCUAGCAAAUUCAGACCGCACAAGGAUGUUGUGCUAAGCUCCCACCACGAUAGUCAAAGCUACGACCACACACCCAGCAAGCUCCACAACCAGAUCACCGCAGACGAUCAAGAAGAAGACGACGACGAUGAGCCACUAUCUGACGCCGAUGUAUCGAACGAAUCUCCGGGAUCCCCAAAAAGUUCCGCUCGCGAUGAAACCGACCAUGACCAUCCAACGGCACCGACAUCUCUGGAGAACUCCUCCGUCGAGAGCAAGAAUAUUCUACUAUCGGCUAUUGAGGCAGACACAAGGAAGCGGAAAAGAUCUAUAAUGGCAGGCAGCGGCCUUGAGGAAGACCUUGGGGAGCCCUUGCGUAAGCGCACUGGCUCUGUCAUGACGCCUGGAGACGAAUACGCAAUUGAAGAAGAAGUUCAGGCAGAUGAAGAUGUGGAUACAUCCAACCCUAUUAGCGGCAACAUAUCAGGGGACGAAGGCGGGGUCGCCCAAGAAGAUGAAGUGGUCGAGGAGGCUGAAGAACCGGCUCCAGCGGACGAUGAACCCCAAGAUGCUACCGAAAUACCUGUUUCGCCUAAGAAGAGGGGUCGAAAAAAGAAGAAAGUGGUCGAAAAUGGCAUCGACAAUCAGCUUGAAGAUUUAGAAUCCCUUCCCAACGCGGAGGUGACCAUUAAUGGCGACGACGAUGUGCGGAACGCUGAGGAAGACAACGCAGAUAACGAGGGUGACGAUGAGGCUGAAGCUGCCCUUAAGAACGAGGAAGAGCUUGAAAGGAAACGGAUCGCGUUGGACCAGUUGGGCUCGAUCGAACGUCAAUUUUCUACCUUCCGAGAUAGGCUCUACGAACAACGACUGGACCAAUUGAACAGAGAAGAGGCUAUGCUUCGACUGGCCAAACCUACACACCCAGAAUAUCUUGCGAUGAUACGUUGUAUCGAGGCACGGAGGGACGAUAGAACUAGGAUAGCGGAUAACUUCAAGGAGCUAGAAUUGCAAACCCUCAAGAAGUCUGCCGUCGCGAGGAGGAGCCAGAUCCUCUCACAGUUCCAACAAGAUGUUCGAGACAUCCGAGAAAAGACGCUCGAACAACUUGGCAAGCAGUGGUAUGAGAUACAACACGAUCGGAGAAGCUACGCUGGUAGUGUCCCGGAUUAUUCUCUAAAAUUCCCGACACGCAAGUCACAGCAAGUUAUGAACCAAGUGGCAUACAGCAACGAAGUAUCUAUUCUUUCUGGUGUCGCAAGAUAUGUUGGGUUUCCAGCUGCUCCGGAAAUGGCCCCUGCUACAUCCGCAGAAUUAGAAGAAGAUCUCGAGAAGAUGGGGCGAACAAAACCAGUCCGCCAUAUGCCGCUUCAAGAACUAGCCGCCCUUCGUUCAGCAGGUUCAACUUCACGGUUCAAGCCUGCUGAGGAGCAAUUUAUUGAGCAGACACCAUGGGCGAAUCCUCAGCACCCUUCACAUGCGCAUCUCCUCCAACGACAAACCUCUGCUCAACAAAUUCCGCGCACAUCAAGCCCCUUCUCUCAAAUACAAGCCCAGCAAAGAAGACAUUCCCAUCAAGCUGCUCCAGGGUUACCAAUUUCCGGUACAUUUUCAAGCUCGUCUUCAUCUUUACCCCAACAUUCUAAAGGCCAUACGAUAUCUGGCGGUCGCAUAUCUCCUCAUAACCCUUUUGGAAAUUCUACACUAUCUCAUAAAAUCGUACCAUCGCCCUUGGGUAGCCGGCAGACAUCAUUAUCACCCCAGCAGAACCAUCCCCCACCAUCGCUAGCAGGUCAGCACAGCACGCCGAAGGUGCCAGACGGGCCCACAAGCAAGGGAAACCAGCCUUCACCUCCAGAUUCUGUCUCGGAUAUCCCGCGCGAUUUCCCGCAGGAUAUCAGGCGUGAGCAAACAGCUGUCAUGAUGGGCCGUUUUUAA